AUGAGCAAAACAAGAGGAAAAAAGUACAGGGGAAGGAAUUCAAUGGAUAGUAACCUACUUACCCAAGCUGAGACAAAGAGUUUGCAAAAAAUAAAUUCAAAAGAAAUAGAUGAAGAAGCUGAAACAAACUCAACAAGUGAAAUUAAAAAUUUAGAAAGUUAUGGAAAUAUUGAGGAUGAAGAAUAUAGUCAUGGAGAUUUGACUAGCCAAAAUACUGAAACAGACAAAAAACAUAUUGAAACUGAAAGUGUUGAUGAAAAUUAUCAAGAACAAAUUGAAAAUGAAGAAAAAAAUAUUCUUAAAAAUGAAACUAUAAAGAAGACAGACAAAAGAAGUAACAUAGAUAAACGUAAAAAACAUGAAGAAGAUGAAAAAAAUAAAAAUGAUGAAUUUUCCGACCAUAUAAAUGACCCAAAUAAAUAUGAUAUAUUGGAACCGGAAAAGAAAAUAAGAAAAUGUGUAAAUAUCAAAAAUGAUGAUCAAAAUGAAAAUUGUACAAGGAAAGAAAAAGUAAUAAAGAAUGUUGAAAAUAUUUUAAAAAACAGUGAAAAAUAUAUAGGGACAGAUAAUGGAACUCCUAACAAAAAACAUAAUAUCAAAUUAAAUAUUGAUGGAUUAAAAAAUAAUAUAAAAAUAAAUAAUAUGAAAGAAAAUUUGAUGAAUAUAAAUAAAACUGAUAAUAUUGUUUGUUCUAACAAUUCUUCACUUCCUCUUAUUAUAUAUGGGAUUUCUGAAACGAUAGAAAAAAUUAUGACAAUCGAUAAAAGUAAUGAUAUAAAUAAAAUAAAGAUGAUUGAAAUUGUACAGGAUUUAAAUAUACUUAUGAAAUCUUAUUACAAUAUAAUACUAAAAUGUGAUUCAAGUUUAACCUUAACUGUUAAUAAAAUUAAUGUAUUAUAUAACCAUUAUAAAAAUGUCGAAAAAUAUAUAUAUGAAGAAGUAUAUAAAAAAGGUAAUUCAAAAAUAUUGGAAAUGCUUGAUGAAGAUAAAAUUAAAGAAAUUGAUAUUAAACAUGUAAAUAAAAAAAUAAAAAAUGAUGAACAACAAAUUAAUAUAUUUUCUUCAACGAUGUAUAGUUUAGAUAUUAACAAUCCAUCCAUUAAUUUGUCUAUAGACAAUAGUAUUAAUAUAGAGAAUAAAACUCUAAAUGCAAAUAAUCUGACUGAUUUAAUGAUUCAAACAAAUAAGAUAGAGCAACUAGAUGAAGAUAAACAUGUUCUUGAAGAAAAAAAUCCAGUAAAUUUAGAAAAUAUAGAUGAUCUUUCCAUUUUAAAAAAAGACAACAAAGAGAUAGACACACAAAUGAUUAACAACAAUUCUGAACAGGCAGACAAAUGCAAUGAUUUAAAAAUAUUUUCAAGCAUUAAUUCAAAAUCUACAACUAUGUCAAGUUAUAAAGAUAGUGAUAAUGCUGAUCAAAUGGGGACUGACAAUUUGGAAAAUAAAAAUAAUAUUCAAAGUAAAUCCAAAGGAUAUAAUAAAUUAAAAAAAAUGAUAAAUAAAAGAGAACAUAUUUUAAAUAAACUAGAAAAAUUAAAUUCCCUAUUUUUUUUUAUAUUUAAUCAUAAAGGAAAUAUAAUAAAUUAUUUACAUAAAGAAAUUAAUUCUUGUAUUUUAGAAUUUGAUAAAGCAUAUAAAUUGUAUAUCCCCAAUUAG